AUGCAAGGUGCUCAAAAUGUGAGCUCUGAAAGGCCACUUAGGCAAUUCGUUACAGGUAAAGACAAGUCAGCAGGUAGAAAUUCAAAGGGCCAUAUCACAAUUUUCCACAGAGGGGGAGGGGCAAAACGAUCACAAAGAACAAUUGACCUAAAACGCAACACUUCAUCACUAGGUGUAGUUGAACGAAUCGAAUACGACCCAAAUCGCACUUCACAGAUCGCAAUGGUCAUAUGUGUCGAAGGGGUAGCUGUUGACCGCCCGAAAAAAGUCAACUCCCUCCAAAAAAACUUCACCCCACCCCCUAAGAUCCUACCCUCCAUCUCCGUCAAAGGUCAGUUUUCAUUCUCUUCAUUUCCCAGAAUGCUAGAAGACAAAAAGGUGGAAUCUUUAAGGCCUAAAACAGAUCAUGUAGCGGUUGGACUUUCAAAAGGUAGUAGGACCUUGAGUAGUCAAAGUCAAAGUCAAACGGGGACCCACAUCAGAAAUGUUAAGGAUGUUUUCUUGUCUGCCUUUUCAUCUUCAAAUGGGGGAAAAAAUACAUGA